AUGAUGCCCCCGUCUCUGCCCCCCAGCCCCCAGCUCCCGCCCCCUUCGCCGCCCCCCGCCCCGCCCUGCACCGCCUGCCUGGUGCCCAUGGUGGCGCUGGCCGGGGUGGCCGGCCUGUUCGUGGUGAUCUCGGCCCUGCUGGGCGAGCGGCUCUUCCGGGGGGCCCGGGCCCGGGGGGUGCCCAGCGUGUGGCGCCGGGGCGGGACGCUGUGGAUCGAGCCGGCGCCGCCGCCCCAACCGGACGGAGCCCCCCAGGCGGAGACGGGCGACCUGUGGAUCCCGCGCCCCCCGCCCAGCGCCGAGGACUGGUACCGGGGGCCCGCCGGCGGCUCGGGGAGCGGCACCUCCAGCGGCAUCCACUCGGGGGCGCCAGAGAGCGCCGGCAGCAGCACGGCCUUGUGGGACGCCGAGGCGCCGGCCUGGGGAGCCCAGCCCCACGUCACCCUGCAGGACAUCUCCGACUUCUUCCGACGUGGAGGGGGGAGGGGGCCGUGA